AUGACGAGCUCUGUUCCAACAAAGCUGAUCUUCCUUACCGACCUACCCUCGUACUCGCAGGGUGACAAAGUUCGUUUUAUGGGCUGCAUAGAUGAGUACAACGCUGCUACCGGUAUCUUGACGCUGAAGCACGAUUAUAUGUCGAAGAACCAUACGGCACAUGUCAAUGUUGAACAUGUUCGCGAGGGGCUACCUUCGACUGCAAUAGCGGUUGGCGCCUGGAUCAACAUUGUUGGCUACAUACAAGGUCAUCAGAACAGUGCAUCCAUCGUCCAAGCUACAAUGCUGUGGGAAGCUGGACCCUUGAAGGUUGCCGAUUACGAGCGAGCACUGCAAGCGAGAAAAGAUAACGGCUGA